AUGUCCACCACAUCGCAAUCGUCGCUGACGCCGUCCUCCACCGCCGACACGUCGCUCGCCGAGCGGUCCGUAACAUCCAAGGCCGAGCGCCGGGUGACGCUGAGCGCGCUUGAGGGUGGAGCUAGAUAUAGAAUACGAGAGGACUUUGGCCAACUGGUGCGAUCGCAGAGCACAUCCUCUGCCCACUCGACAUCCCAGGACUCCCCCCGCGCUGCGCCUCUCGUCUCCCCAGGCUAUGAAAGCGUCCAAGCAACCGGUGUAGACCACCUCGACCUCGACAUCGGCGUCACGUUGGAUCGCUCAGACAUGUCGAAACCAGAACGGCAAAGCGCAAAAACAAAGAUCUAUGAGUUCCUUUCUCGUUCUUCUUCUUCCCGCUCCCGCUCGCGUUCUCGCUCCAAAAGCGCGCCAGGCCGCGCUGUCUCCAACGAUGCGUCCCCAUCUCGGCACCCACCGCACCCGCAGCAGAGCUCUUCCUCGAACCCUGCCCCCAGUGCCUCGCGACCCGCCACCCGCUCGCCCUCGCGCCCUCUCUCAGCCAACACCAGCGCCACCGACAGAACGAUCAUCCAAUCCGCCGUCCGUGCGCAGACCCCGCGGAUCAGGCCUCCUCCGAUAGCCGAGCUCCCCCACCCAACAGCUCAAUACGACCCUCGCAUGCCUCCGCCCCCCGUCCCUCCACCCCAGAAGAAGAAACCGCCCACUCUCUUCGGCAUUUCAUUUCGCGGCCGCUCGCGCCCACCCACCCCCAACCAGUACGACUUGACCUCUCCACCCCAGAGCCCACGACGCGGUCGGCAGGUCUCCGAUCGCGCCAAGGAGAAGACAAAGCUCGAACAGUGGUUCACCCCCCGACUUUUCUCUGGUGCGUCCUCCGCGCCCCCUCUCCCUCCGCCGCCGGCUCCGCCACCUCAUGCUGACCCCCGCACAGCGCCCGCACGCCUGCCCGACGACACGGCACACAGCUCCUCCGCGCAAACCGCCCUCUUCGCCCCCCAGCCGCGGCGCCUCCCGCCCCACGCCAUGUCCGUCCCCACCACGCCCACCGCCCCGCGCGCGCCGCCCCCCGACAACGACAGCGAGGGCCGCUGCUCGCCGCUGCUGCGCAUGUUCGGCGUCAAGUCGAAGGAGCGCGCGCGCGACAGGCCCGUCGUCAGCGUCCCCAUCCUCCGCGCGCGCACCCGCUCGCGCGACGAGACGAACCCGCCGCCCCGCGCGCACGGGAGCUUCGAAUUUGAGCGCCCCGCGGGCGCGCGCACGGGCACGGGCACGGGCACGGGCACGGGCGCGCCGGUGCCCAUGGCGAUGCAGCGCAGCGUCAGCCACGGCGGCGCCGUGCGCGCUCGGCGCCCGCCCGUCGCGCCCUCUGCGCAGGCACACCAUCACGUCCACGCGCACGCGCGCGCGGGGGCGCCGGCGUCGUCGGGGCGUGGGCAUGCAGGCAAGGCCCACGCGCAGACGACGGUGCACGGGUACUCGACGUCGCACGGGUACUCGGCGCGGACGCAUCCGCCGCAGUCGCCGCUCGUGCCGCACUCGACGGGGGCGUCUGGCAAUUCGCAGUCGACGGCGGCGACGGGCACGACGCAGGCGUCGAACCACACCGGCGGCGGCGUCGGGAACGGGUCGUGGGGCCGGCGCGCGCGGGCGGGGUGGGUCCAGGCGGGGAUGCAUCCGCCGUUUGAGUUCGAGUCUGCGGUGAGCGGGCGCGGGUCGCCGGUGAGCGAGGGGCGGGCGAUGGUGCUCAAGUCGAAGGGGGAGAAGGAGAGGGAGCGCAGGAAGGAGAGCAAGGCGGUGGAGGGGCGGUGGGAGCGGCGGUCGAUUGAGCUCGGGCUCGGGCUUGCGUGGGCGCCGUCGAAGAUACGCGUGAGGGAGUGGCCGGGCGGCGAGAGGGGCGGCGAGAAGAUCAAGGAGAGCGAUCUGCAGCGGGCAAGGGAGAUGGAGGUGCACAGGGUGAGGGUGCGGGCGUCGGAGGAGGCGAGGCGGGGGCACGAUGGAGAGCAUGGGAGGGAGCGUGCGCGCGACUGGACGCGGGAGAGGGAGAGGCCCGCGCGCUCCCCCGAGUCUCGGAGAGGGAAGAAGGAUAAGGAGACGACGGGGAGGUUUAGAGUCGUGCUCGGGGAGACUGGGUUCGAGGCUUUCAAAAAAUACGUGCGACGGUACGACGCGGACUUGAUCCCUCUCGAGGGUCCCACCGGGCUCCUAGUGCGCGUCAAGAGGCUGUUGGAUGCUUCCUCUUCUUCUCACCUCCUGGAGUGGGAGAAGCGCGAGCUUCUCGACGACCUCCUGCGGAUCGUCAGGGAGAACGAGUUUUGA